AUGUCCUGGGUUCAAGCAGCACAGUUGGUCCGGGGCCCUGGUGAUGAGGCAGACGUGUUUGACGAGGAAGCGGACAAGUCUCUUGUGGUGCAGCGAGAAUGGUGGAGUCACAUGCAAAGACAAGUCAAAGAAGGUUAUAGAGAUGGAAUAGACGCUGGCAAAGCAGUUGCUCUUCAGCAGGGCUUCAAUCAAGGUUAUAAAGAAGGUGCAGAAGUCAUUAUCAACUACAGACAACUCAGGGGAACAUUGAGUGCUUUGCUCUCCUGGCGUCACCUUCAUAGUAAUAGUUCAACUUUAAUCACUAAAAUAAAUCAUCUUCUGGAUGCAGUUGGCCAGUGUGAAGAGUAUGUGCUCAAACAUCUGAAAUCAAUCACUCCACAACCCCAUGUUGUAGAUUUAUUGGACUCCAUUGAGAAUAUGGACCUUUGUCAUGUAGUUCAAGCUGAUAAAAAGACCAAUGAAGCUGAAGAUGAAAGACUCUGUGAAAACAAUGCUGAAUAUAACAAAAACUGUAGCAAGAGUCCUGUUGGGCUAGAGUGUUCAUAUGUAGGAUGUGGCAGAACAGAGGAGCGUGCACAUGCCAAAAACCCAGGCCUCACCUGGAUUUUAGAACAGACAGCCAAUUUAGUUAAACAGCUAGGAGUGUCUGUAGACAUAUUACAACACCUCAAACAGCUAUAG